GACUGAGCUGUCUGUUGGUGAAAGACUGGCGCGCUUGUCAAAAGUGGGAAGAUCGUUUUCGGCGAUGCAUUAACACCGUUUGGAGUUUAUAGCUGUUUUAAAGUUUUAAUUCUUGCGAUAAGGAGCGAAGGCUUUUCAAUCCGUACUCAUCACGCUGCCAACCAUUAUCAUCGUCACACGUUAACUGAUCGUUAGCUCCUGCAGAUUGUGUGUGGAUUUCACCGUGCUUUGAUCAUCAGGCUCGCCGUUUCCUUGUCCACAGGAUGGCCUCCCAAGUGUUGUUCCUCGUGAGCUUUCUGGUGUUAGGACUGUUUAGGAAUGGCGACUGUGAUAAGACUAGGAGUGAUUGGGGGUACAUCAACGAUGCAGAUGUGCCAGGACCGGGAAACUGGAGCCGCGUUGAACCAAAGUGUGCCCACGACAAUCAGCAGUCGCCGAUAGAUCUCAAAGAAAAGGAAGCCAAAUUCGAUGCUGGACUCACGGCCAUCUCCUUCGCUAAUUAUGAUACGCUGCCGAAAAACGAAACGUGGACAGUAACAAAUAACGGACAUACCGUUCAGCUGAAAGGACACUAUACCUGCGCACCUCACAUUCAAGAUGGUGGAUUGCACGGAAAUUAUGACGUAGUGCAAAUACAUUUUCAUUGGGGAAAGACUGAUUUCCGCGGAUCGGAACAUCACGUUGACGGAUUCCAGUAUCCUCUAGAGAUGCAUAUUGUGCAUGCCCGUCGUGACAAUCCUCCGACAAGACUAGAAAAGCCGAAACAACUUGCCGUUGUGGGAGUAUUUUUCAAAAUCCGUAACGACACAAAUGAAGAUUUGGAGCCGCUGCUGGAAGUAUUGCCCCAAGUGGAGAAGCCAGAUAACACAGGUAAAGCGGUAAAACUCAAAGGAUUCAACCUGAAAUCAUUCCUUCCCCUAUCGCCAAACUACUUCCGGUAUAACGGAUCGUUGACUACGCCACCUUGUGAUCCCAUCGUUUUGUGGACUGUGAUGCAACAGCCUGUUUUUCUUUCCCUAGAACAGCUUCAAGCGUUUCGGAAACUCAUGGCGCAUCAUCAUCACGAGCACCCCGUUAACGAGACCGAAGUGAAGUAUAUCGAGGAGAAUUUCCGGCCCAUUAUUCACGAUAACCGGACGGUGUAUUUGUAUUCCCGUGCGGCAACACGCAUGGAUCAGCCGGUGUUUGAUGUAGAAAUAAAGCCUACACCGUCUUCCGCUUCCCGAGUGGUAUCCCUCUUUUACCUGGUUAUGUCAUUUGUCGUGAUUUUUGGGUAAUUGGUGUUCCAUGGAAGCGGGUUUGAGUCGAGUUUGCAUUUUUAGUUUCAAGCCAAAGGAUAUAUUCAAGUUUUCAUUUGCCGGUGUGCGAUACUGAUUUUGGAGAGUGUAGAGUUUUGACUGUGGGUUCGGUUGUGUGACCGUUUGGUGUACAGCAAUCCGGUUAGAGUCGUUCGUUUAAAAAUUAAAUUAAUUGAACUGGAUGCA